AUGGAAGAAGACUCCAAGGAGAAGUUGAAAAAUGGAGAAAAAGAUGUGCGAUACCGGGGAGUAAGAAGGCGGCCAUGGGGAAAAUACGCAGCAGAGAUUCGUGACUCGACUAAGCAUGGAGGCCGCGUGUGGCUUGGGACUUUCAACACGGCAGAGGAGGCUGCUCGAGCUUAUGAUCGUGCUGCCUUUGCAAUGAGGGGUCACUCGGCCAUUCUUAACUUCCCUGAUGAACAUCGUUUACCCCAAGUUGAAUCCCCUCCUCCCACAUCGAUGACAUCAUCCUUAUCAUUGUCACCAUCUUCCAAUUCCCCAUCUUCAUCAUCAACAUUCCAGAAUAUGGAAAGAACUAGGAGUGAGCAAUUUGAGAAACAGGUUCUUGAGUUUGAGUAUUUGGAUGACAAGUUGUUGGAAGAACUUCUUGAUAUUGAAAACAAAACAAAGAGAAAGUGA